CAUAAAAAUUAGUAAACAACCAAAGAACCAAACAAGGUUCUUCUUUUAUCUCUUUCCUUGUGCACUGCUAAACUGACGGCAAGAAUUGUCACUGUCUCCAAAGAAGGUAAUUCUUCUUCAGUGAUAUCUUACAGGAAAGUUGUGAAGUGUUUGGUUUGGUUAUCUUGACAUGGGUCCUUUUACACUGGCCGUUGACACCAAGAGCUCUUCUAUUAUCUCUUCAGAUGCAUGCAAUAGGAAGAUUCAAAACUUACAGCUUGAAACAAGAAAGUGCUUUGCAUCAGUCAGCAUGGAAGAGGAAAAACCUUUUAAUUUCCUACGUAUUCUAUUUGAGGGACUCAUAGCAGGAGGUACCGCUGGUGUUGUGGUUGAAACAGCUUUAUACCCAAUUGAUACAAUAAAGACACGGCUGCAGGCAGCUCGUGGUGGACAUAAAAUAGAUUUGACGGGGCUUUAUUCUGGAUUGGCUGGUAAUCUUGCUGGUGUCCUACCGGCUUCUGCCUUAUUUGUUGGUGUCUAUGAACCUAUUAAACAGAAACUAUUGAAGCUGUUCCCUGAAAAUCUUAGUGCUGUUGCUCACUUGACUGCAGGGGCUAUAGGAGGAAUUGCUGCUUCAUUUAUUCGUGUUCCAACUGAGGUUGUAAAGCAAAGGAUGCAAACUGGGCAGUUUACUUCUGCAUCUCAUGCUGUUCGUCUUAUUGCAUCAAAGGAGGGAUUUAAGGGUCUUUAUGCGGGUUAUGGAUCUUUCGUAUUACGAGAUUUGCCAUUUGAUGCCAUUCAAUUCUGUAUCUACGAGCAACUUAGAAUUGGUUAUAAGGCAGUGGCUCAGAGAGAUUUAAAUGAUCCUGAGAAUGCUAUUAUUGGUGCUUUUGCUGGUGCAUUAACUGGAGCAAUAACAACUCCCCUCGAUGUUAUUAAGACGAGGUUAAUGGUUCAGGGAUCCGCGAACCAGUAUAAGGGGAUCUUUGAUUGUGUUCAAACAAUUGUUAGGGAGGAAGGGCCUACUGCUCUUCUUAAGGGCAUUGAGCCAAGAGUCUUGUGGAUUGGUAUCGGCGGAUCAAUCUUUUUUGGCGUCCUCGAAAGCACGAAACGACUACUUGCACAGAGUCGUCCCAAACCCAGUCAAGACUCAAAAGCUGAUUGAAAUUUAUUGACUUCGCGACUUAAGUCCUUAAGACAAUAUCUGAGAUUUUCCUCUUUAAGUUGUAUUGUUUCUCUCUGUUUUAACAAUAUUCUUUACAGUUCAAUAUCAAGAGUAAAAGGGGAAAAUUUUUAAUGAAGAAGAAGCCUAGAUAUAACUAUCUAUUUAUGAUUUCUUUUCUGCUGGAAGAAGCUGAAUAUCGACAACAACAAAACAGGAAGGUGGGGGGCUUGAAUUAGAUCCAUCCAACUCGCUGGCUUGAAACAAACCAAGUAUUGCUCUUUGUACAGGCAAGCCCCGUUUGGUUUGGUAUUUUUAUGGAAAAAUGAGUCAACUAGGUCUAGGAGUAGGGAGUAUUGCUCCUUGUACAGGCAAGACACGUGGAGAUAGCAUCGGAUUCCAAAGUACUAGGGCCCAUUCUGUUGGCUGAUUAAGACCAUAGGCUUCUGCAACAAUUAGAGACUCUUGAAAUUGCGAUUGCUAAACUAGCGCUCGCCUAGCAUUAGUUUCAGAUAGGUUGAGCCACUUGGAAUCUGGCUUAUUUGAACGAAGACAAGGGAAGCCUUGGCACUUGUGUCUCUCCAUCCUUUUUUAUAAGUGGCACCGCUUUUUUUUGGAAUCGGAGCUAUCAUUCCAUCGUCUACCUCAAUCUUGCCAUUUUUAUGGUGUUUUCCAUCACUUCACCGGAGAUUAUAUUAUUUGCAAAACUUUUCGUGGCAUUGCAGACGAGCUUGUUGUAGUAAGAUUCCUGAAGAGUAUUGACGAAUAGUGCAAUUGUUUAUUUGUUAGUCAAUGUUGGUUGUACCUGAGUGACAAGAUCCCUUCAUGUGUGGGCGUAUACCUUAAAAGUUUUGUUUGCUAUUUUUUUUCAUGUUUUGCAAUGACAGCUUAUCCAAAGUCAUGUCCACUACAUGCAUAUAUUGAGCUAUAGAAGCAUUCGCGAGAUCUUCUAAGAAUGUAUAUAGCUCUUAUCCAACUGUACAUA